AUGCUACUCUUAUUUCCAGAACUAGGCGAGCAACAGGUUGAGAUACCUUUAUUCCGUACCGAAGAGGGACGAUACUUAGCUACAUCUCUGGGCGAUCCGCUCAUCAAGGGACUAACGGAGGUAGCGAAUAAACGGCCACCCGAUCCAGUCAUCUACCUAGCAAACUAUUUGUUCAAUUUUGCCAAUCAAAAACCCAAAACGGGACGCAAGGAAACGGACAACGAUUCCAACAAUAACUUCAUUGAAGGAUCCGUUAAGCAACCGGCUGAGAAGGAGUUGGAAAGUUCGGGCAACCAACCGAACCGACCGGAUCCGGUGCAAGUUCCAGUCGCAACACAACCGAUGGAACCAAACGUUAGAGAUGAAAGCCAACCAUCACCUGAGGAGCCGGAUAUCAUACCGGCACCUUCCGAUGAACGGGAUGAGCAUGGUCAGAGCAUGUUGCAUUUUGCUUGUGCCCGCUCACACGGUAGGAAUGCGCUUAUCCAAUUGAUUGAAGAGUCCGCUAUAAACGUAACUUAUCGCGAUGAGCUGUAUCGUACGGCUAGGGAUGUUGCACUGCAAGCAACUCAACCAGAUAAUGCCAAAGAAAUUGAUCGCUACAUUAUCGGACUGGUGGCAAAAGGUGAUCUGGACGCGCUGAAUAAUAUGCUCCUGGAAGGAUAUGAUCACAUCAUGGACAUUGUAGCUCCGGACGGGACCACUAUCGAGAAAGUAGCUAGCGAUCGUGGGCAUCAGGAAAUUGUCCGAUUUUUGGAAGGAAUACGUACAUUUGAGGAAAAUCGUGAAAAUUUGCUGGGUGCCAUAAGGCAGAAAAAGUUUGAAGCCGUUGUUAAUCUCACGAAAUUAGCAGACGGUGCCAAGCUUGUAAGAGCAAAGAAUUAUUACGGACGGUGCUCGUUGCACAUAGCCAUACUGAUGGAAAACGAAGAUAUGGUCGAUUAUUUGGCUACCAAUUUUAAGGGGGCACUCAAAAUUGGAGAUAAUCUGGAACGCACACCUUUGCACUAUGCCAUGGGGGUGAGCAACGUGGAAGCGUUGAGUCGCAUUUUGAUUAAAAAUGGCGCCAAGCGUGUACUGAAGGAUUUGAAAGGGCGCCAGCCGAGUUACUAUUUCAUGAACAAGGCAGACAUUUUACGUUUACAGGAGGAGGAAAAGGAAUGA